AGGGGCGUGCCUGGCAGCUGGACGUGUCCGGGAAAAACAGAGGUCGUGACACCGAGACUAUUGCAGGAAGUGGCACUUUAUUACGCUGGCUAGCACUAGCACAGCGGGCCGAGAAUUUCAUGCAUUCAAAGCAAGCUCGAGCCCCCCGGAACAGAAGAGGACUGUCAGAAAGAUCUAGAAAGCACAGUUUGACUGUGAAAAGCAAAGAUCCCUUACCCACGCAUUUUACGAAAAAUGUGCAGAAAGCCAUUGACAAAUAUACCAGUGACUCCCUGUCAUCGUCGUCAUCCAGUGGAAGCCACACUCCCACGGACACCCACAACUCUUGGUCUGGAUCUGCCACCCGGAGCUCGACCACUGGGUUGUCUACAGAGAGGAGCUCAGUUUAUUCCUGGAGAGAUGAUGAAUUCGACAAAGCCAAUGCACUGAAAGUGCAGCAGUUAUUCUGGGAGGUCGAGGAGAUGUUAUUUGAAGGGAAGGUGAGCCCCCAGACUCAGAAUCUACUUGCCGAGUGCAGUGAGUGGACACGAAGAUCCCUCCAUCUGAGAGUAUUAGGAAGACAACUCAUCCCACCAACUGACGACGGGAUCCAGCACUUCCAAGGCAGCUCACCCGGCUCAGCGGCCCCCAGGCCCUCCUUCCCUGCCUGUGGAUGCAGCAACAGCCUCAGAGAGCUGUGCAUCUCUGGCUCUCAGCUAGUCCCAGCAGCAUUCUCAGCCUCUGCCCUGCCGGGCCCAGAUGGCACAGGGGCUGCUGACCUAAAGGCAUAUUCAUCCCUGGAAGAAGAGGUUUAUGACAUGGAUGGAAAGAUUGAAGAGUACUUCGCUUUUGACAAAAAAGUGGAUGAUGAUGACUCUCUUGAACAAAAACCAGCUCACCAUGGUAGGAAAUUGCAGAAACACGGCCUUCCUCCCAUCUCCCCUCAUGACUGCAUCAAGGAUGCGGUGGCGGCAGAAGUGUUUGAUCACGUCUGGACAAAUGUGGUAGAAUUGUUGGAAGAACUGAUUAGAAAAAAAUGGGAAGCUACACUCACAGAAGGAAAAAACCAGAAAGAAAAAUAUAAAGUUGCUGAAAACAAAUCUGCACAAAUCCUCAUUUCCCGUACCCAUACGGAUGUGUCCAGUGUUCCUCCAUCCAGAAGUUCUGAAACCCACGGCACAUCUCUGCCUUAUCAUCUUAACCCUCCCCUGAUUCAUCGCUUCUCCAGUAAUUUUUACAGUGAUUUGAAUGGUGUGAUGACAAUUCAAGCAAAACCACUUCAGCAGAGACCUACCUACUUUGCAGAUAGAACGCAGUAUGAGCAAGAGGACAAAUCGUGGGGGGGAGGAGCCAGUGCUGUCUCCUCUGUACGACACCGACCAGGACGCAUCUCAGAUGCACGCAGGUUACAGACUUCUGCAAAGAAAACCCCAGCGCGUUGGAGGCUGCCCUCUCUUUCUUCAGAUUCCCUGAGAAUAAAAACUCCCAAUAUGUAUCGUGACGAAGUUCUCCAGGGAACAAAGCUGCAGACCGGCACAGACCUCACGGCUUCUCCGCCAGUUCACACUUCACGGAACAGGUUACCUCCCAUAGGCUCAGAGACCGGGGAGCAGAAGGCAGCAGUUCCUGGAUCCUGCCCCAUGUCUUACAGAGGAAGGCACCCACAAAGCCGUGUGUUCAGUGCAAUGCCUGACAGUGUAGAACGAUUGCCUCUUCAAGAAAGAACUGUUACCCUGGAGCUGUCUUUGAGGCCUAACACAACCCAUACAUUCCGGUCAGAUACACCUCGAAAAGGUUCACAGAAUCUGCCUAAAUCUUUUCAGAGGACAACUUUGACUUCAAGAAAGAGAUCCCAAGUGGCAUCUUGAAAUGACUUUCCCAGACCUAUGGACUCACUGGGGCUUUGGGAGCCUCAGAAUACUAUAUGGAAGGACAAGUAUUAUGUGUGUCUGACAGUGUGAGAUGAUAGACUGAGAGAAAUGCAAACAAAUAAAUGACGUAAUUUUGAACACCACUCUGCAUUGUAAGGAGAAGUCACUGAACUUCUUCACUGGAAGCGUUUCCAAGGUUCGGAAGACCCUUAUGUGUGUUUACAAUCCAUUAUUUUAUCAGUUAUAUGCAGACACCAUUAGUGUGUGUGUGUUCACACACUAAUUAAUAGGUAAGAAUAUAUUAUCUAGAAAUAUGCCCUUUGUACCUUGUUUAUUGUACCUCGACAUAUUUUUUGGCCUCAUUCUACUCGUGAUUCCAUCAAAAUCCAAGUCAGUAAUAAAUAUCACUCCCAUUUUUAGAAAUAGCAAAGUCAUAUUUGAGACCAUAUGCCAGUCUGAGUAAGAUUCAGAUUGUUCUAGUCAUUUUGCUGAUGUUAGUCAUGAACCUCUUUGAGAAAUGCUGGUGGCUAAUUCUCCCAAGUCCGUUUUAUUUUACUACUUUUCAUUUUCAAGUUCAUGCUGUUCACCUAAAAGUAUCCCACAUUUAUUGAUUUUUAGAGCUGAAUAUAAACAUAAUUAAAAGCUGUGGCAUGUGAUUUCACAGUCAAACUGCUCAUCCUUAGAGGGGCACUUUGCAGCAGCUGCUCAUUAUGCCACCACCAGCUGACCUUUGCUCAGAUGUCACCUCAGCAGCAAAGCCUUCCCAGGCCUCUGUCCUUUCAGGUUCUGGCCUCCCUUCAGGCUCUCCUUUGUUUUCCUUCAGAGCAUGUAUCCCUACCUGACAUGACUGAAAAAUGGAGUAGAGAAUGUGAGAAGAAAUGAUCAAAAGAGGCCAGACUCAAGGUUUAUUUUUCUUUUGCCCCUC